AUAUACAAUGUUGGACUCGGUAGAGGCUGAAAACUUGUUAUGCGUAGUAAUAGUGCAUGGUGACUCAGCAAUGACGGAAUUAGCAUUGAAGCAUCUACAUCCAAAUUGGACAUAUAAAUGUUCCAAUGAAGUUGAAGUGGAAGAAAUUGGUACCUUCGAAAAAAAAAGCAUAACCCACUCUAUGCCAUGUGACUUGAAAGUCACAUCAGUUGUGAAGGUUAUGAAUCCAUAUUUAUGGAGCUGUUAUCAGCUGAAAAAGGAAGAAUACAAGAAUCGAUAUGGCAGUGUUAGGGAAAAAACUCUGUAUCAUGCUACAAGCAAAAGUAAUAUUGACUCUAUAAUCAGCAGCAACUUGGAUUGGAGACGUUCAUGUCGAAUCAGAUUUGGUCAAGGUGUUAGUUUCAGUCCAUCACCCAGUUAUGCCAAUACAUAUUGUAACAGGAGAAAUGGCAUUUACAGAGCAAUGAUUGCUGCAACUGUACUAGUUCAUAAUACUGCAGAAGGUAACAGCUGGACUACACUGCCUCCCACAGAUAUUGAUACAACUGUUGGAAAUUCCUUGCAAGUUUAUGUUAAGUAUAGUGACAAUGAAUUUUAUCCACAAUAUGUCAUUUACUACAAUAUUUGAGUUGUUCAAUUUUUGCCAUCCUUUCUUCAUGAGUGUGUAUAUUUGAAUAAUGUUGCAUGAAUUCUAUUUUGUAAUAAAAAGAAAAU